ACCCGUUUAAAAUUUUGAAACUGUUUUCAUACAUCUUCCUGUGUGCCCCGAGGAAAAAACUAGGUGCUCCCUCUGCCUCCGCAACUCUAAAUCUCCAAAAUCUUCCAAAUCUCCCACAUAUAAACGACUUUCUCAGUAACCCUCUGGAUGGAAUCCUUUGAGAUUUGCAUCUCUUCUGUACUUUCUUGGAUUCCUUUACGGUAUAUUCGUCCAAUAUUAUUGUAAACAAAACCCAAAAUUUGUUUUGUUUCCAAAUUAACCGAAGCUGAAGCUGAGAAAUUUAAGAAAUUCCAAUACCAGUAUCUAUCUUUUUUGAUUUGGGUGGCUCUCUGAAUAAUCUAUGGAGGAGGAGAGGAAUAUAUUGUUUGGGAAAUAUGAGAUGGGAAGGCUGUUGGGGAAAGGGACUUUCGCCAAGGUCUACUACGGCAAGGAAAUGGCAUCCGGCGAGAGCGUGGCGAUCAAGGUGAUAAACAAGGAUCAGGUGGUGAAGAAUGAGGGGAUGAUGGAGCAGAUAAAGCGGGAGAUCUCGGUGAUGCGGCUGGUCCGCCACCCCAACGUGGUGGAGCUCAAGGAAGUCAUGGCCACCAAGACCAAGAUCUUCUUCAUCAUGGAGUACGUCCGAGGCGGCGAGCUCUUCGCCAAGGUCGCCAGGGGGAGGCUUAAAGAAGACUACGCCCGCAAAUACUUCCAGCAGCUGAUCAGCGCGGUGGACUUCUGCCACAGCCGAGGCGUCUCGCACCGAGACCUCAAGCCCGAGAACCUGUUGCUCGACGAGAACGGGAACCUCAAAGUAUCGGACUUUGGCCUCUCCGCUUUGCCGGAGCAGCUCCGCAACGACGGACUUCUCCACACGCAGUGUGGCACCCCGGCGUAUGUCGCCCCGGAGGUUUUGAAGAGGAAGGGCUACGACGGGUCCAAGGCAGAUAUUUGGUCCUGUGGGGUGAUCUUAUACGUUCUUCUCGCUGGGUUUCUUCCGUUUCAAGAUGAGAAUUUGAUGAACAUGUACACCAAGAUCUUCAAAGGCCAUUUCGAGCUGCCCCCGUGGUUCUCUUGCGAGUCCCGGCGCUUGGUCUCCAAGCUCCUUGUCACCGACCCAGGUAGUCGGAUCACGAUUCCGGCGAUAAUGCGCACACCUUGGUUCCGCAAAGGGUUCGCCAGGCCUGUCCGAACGGCUGCAAUGGUCAAAGAAACAAUGCAAGUAGAGCUGUCGUUGACUGGUGAUGAUGAUCAGUCUCCGAAAACGCCCAAGUUCUUCAACGCAUUCGAGUUCAUAUCCUCCAUGUCGUCCGGGUUCGACUUGUCGAGCCUGUUUGAGAAGAAGCGGAAGGUGGGGUCCAUGUUCACGUCCAAGUGUAGGGUGGCGGAAAUAUUGGCGAAGAUCGAGGCGGUGGCGAAGGGGCUGAGCUUGCGGGUGGCGAAGGUGAAGGACUUCAAGGUGAGGAUGGAGGCCCAAACGGAGGGCCGCAGUGGGAGGCUCGCUAUCACAGCGGAGAUCUUCGAGGUCGCCCCUGAGGUUGCCAUUGUGGAGUUCUCCAAGUCCUCCGGGGACACUUUGGAGUACACAAAGUUCUUUGAAGAGGAUGUCAGGCCUGCUUUGAAAGACAUCGUGUGGACAUGGCAAGGCGACAGUAUGUGUAACGGUAAGGAUGAUAGCGGUGGAGAAUGUGAUUGUUAUGGUCUGCAAUCAUGAUUAAUCCCCUGUUUUUCAUGUUUGUUCCAUAGCCACAGAGACACAAACGAAGACAAGAUCUUUUAACAUGCAUUAGCUCUUUUUCCUUUUCAAUGUUUUGGAAAAAAUUUUGUAUAAUUUGUAUAUAGGGUUGUGAUUGCCAAAUUAAGUGAUGGAGUGAAAAGGAUGACAAGGUUUUAUACAAAUUACGUUCAUGUUCUCCUUGAGAAUGUUGUUUGGUUUGGGAGAUAUGAAAGAAGCGAUCCAAAUGGACGGAAAUCUUAUUAUACGUGAGUUUCAUCCCACUUGUUCGGACAA